CAAUUCCAGAGUUUCUGAUCCAGUAUAUCAAAGGAUGAAGAAUGGAAAUUAAUCUUUCUAAGAGUGACGCUGGUGCUGUUGACGUUUCAAGAAUCACCGCACCCCGGCGCUGAGCCCACCUCAGGGCACUUCCGCACCCACGCGGGAGGAAACUAGAAAUUCUCCACCUGGGAGACCGCAAUGUGGCGGAGGCCCGAGCUCUGCAGCCCCACCCGGGUCGACGUGGGAAGCGGAAGUGACGUCAGCGGCGCGCCGUCGUCUCUGCCACGCUAACUCCACGCGCCGCUGUUCCACUUCUUGAAGGAAAAGAAUCUCCUCCGUUCAAGUCAUGCUGACUCGAUCCCCAGGGUCCACCCGCCUCAGACCUGGAGAUCCAGGAGUUCUGCUUUCUAAGGACCCAAUCUGCCUUCAUGAUGAAAAGACAGAGGUAGAAAGGAUGAUGGCUCAUUGCCUGACAAAUUGUUUUCAGAAUUCAGUGACCUUUGAAGAUGUGGCUGUGGACUUCACCCAGGAGGAGUGGACUUUGCUCAACCCAACUCAGAGAAACCUAUAUAGAGAUGUGAUGCUGGAGAACUACAAGAACCUGGCCUCAGUAGGAUAUCAGCUCUUCAAACCCAGACUGAUCUCUUGGUUGGAGAAAGAAGAGUUUGGGACAGUGCAGAAAGGAGUUCCAGAAUGGGAAAUGCAUCUUAAAACUAAAGGGCCAGCACUUCAGCAGGAUGACUUUUGUUUAAAAACAUCAAAUAGGAGACAACUGGCCAGAGGCUGCAAAGGAGGGGAGCUCUAUGACUGCAAGCAGUGUGGAGAAGUCCUCAGUGAACCCUCACGUCUUAGGAUAUACAUGAGUACUCUGAAUAGAGGGGAUGCUUCUGAGUGUAAUCAGUAUGGAGACUUCCUACCUCUGCACAAGAGAACCUUUACUGGAGAGAAAUGUUCUGUAUUGAGUCAGGGGGGAAAAGCUUUCAACCUGACUUCAGAUGCUGCUUACCAGAGAAUGUGUGCUCGAGAGAAAUCUUUUGAAUGCGGUGACUGUGGGGAAGCUUUUGCUAAUGAGUCACACCUUCAGGGACAUAUGAGAACUCAAAAUGGAGAAAAAUUCUACAAAUGGAAGGAACAUGGGAAAAUGUUUGCUCAUUUCACAAGCUGUGCCACACACAUGCAAACCCAAAGUGUAAAAAAAGCCUAUGAAUGUAAGGAUUGUGGGAAAGUCUUUAUAUAUCCUUCCUACCUUAAAUUUCAUAUGCGAACCCAUACUGGGGAGAAACCGUAUGAAUGCAAAGAAUGUGGGAAAGCCUUCUCUAGGCCUUAUCUACUAACUCAACAUUUAAGAACUCACACUGGAGAGAAGCCCUUUAAAUGUAAGGUUUGUGGAAAAUGCUUUCGAAAUUCUUCAUACCUUAAUAAUCACUUUCGAAUUCACACUGGAGUAAAACCGUACAAGUGUAGGGAUUGUGGGAAAGCCUUCACUGUACACUCAGGGCUUACUAUACAUGAACGAACUCACAGUGGGGUAAAGCCAUAUAAAUGUAAGGAAUGUGGGAAAACCUUCGGUACAUCCUCAGGCCUUAUUGAACAUGUAAGAACUCACACAGGAGAGAAACCCUUUGAAUGUGACCAGUGUGGAAAAGCCUUUGCUUCUUCCUCAUCUCUUAUUCCACAUUUGAGAACUCACAGUGGAGAGAAGCCUUUCGAGUGUAAGAUGUGUGGGAAAGCAUUUAGGUAUUCCUCCUAUUUUUCCAUUCACAUGCGAACUCACACUGGAGAGAAGCCACACGAAUGUAAGGAAUGUGGGAAAACCUUCACAUUUUUUUCACAUCUAAGUAAACAUGUAAGAAUUCACACUGGAGAGAAACCCUACAAAUGUAAGGAAUGUGGGAAAGCCUUCACUCAGUAUGGAAACCUUUCUAGCCAUGUACGAACUCACACCGGGGAAAAGCCGUAUAAAUGUAAGGAUUGUGGGAAAGCCUACACUGGGCUUUCAGGCCUUACUAAACAUGUACGAACUCACACUGGGGAGAAGCCCUAUGAGUGUAAGGAAUGUGGGAAAGCCUUCAAUAGUUCUUCUUAUCUUACUGAACAUAUAGAAAGACACUGUAGAGGAAUCCUUUGUAUGUAAAGAAUGAGGAAAAUUUUAGGAAGUUGUCCUGCCUUAACAACCACACUCUGAUUCACAGUGCCUAGAAACCUUAUUCGUAUAAGCAAUUUAUAAAAGUGUUCAGUUGUCCCUGUUUAAGAACUUGAAAGAACUCACACUCCAAAAAUGCCCCAUGAAAUUAAGAAAUAUAGCAAAGACAUUAGAAUUUGUUCACAAUCCAGCAUAUAUGAACUCACCCUGAAGCCAUACAGUGUAAGAAACACGGAGAACUUAUUUUCUCACGUGCUACUGAGUAUGAGAGUUCUUGCAAUGGAGAGAAACUAUUGGUAUAAGAUAUGUGGAAAAGUCACCGUUCUGCUAAAUACUUUGAUGUUCACCUGCAUAUUCACAGUGGAGAAAAACUUGAAAGUAAGAAAUGUUGGGAAGUCACUUUUUAUAUUACAUUUUUACUUAACCUUUAAUAAACAUGAUGUGAUUCACACUCAAGAGACACUGUAUGUAUGGAAUGUGAAGAUUGCAUCCCUGUGUCCUGAAGUCUUGUCUGCUGGCAGAGACAUGGCUGCCUACGUGGUUGUAUAAAUUCGUUUUAAAUAGUUGUGAUUCUGCCCUGAUCCUUCCCAGCAUGAUAUGUCCUACUUUCCCCUAUUGCAGUGCCACUCCUGUCUAGUUGCUCAACCUUCCAGGUUGCAGCACAACCAAGUGAGCCUUCAGGAUUCAGACAUGGCUUAUUUUAAUAGUGUAGUUUCUUGUUGGUUUGUCAUGGUCUUAGAAAUGGCCCACCUACAGUGGCUCACACUGUCUAAGGUGGGGGAUGUAAGGCUCAAAGUGUAAAAAGGCACUUGGGUCUCUCUCACACCUGAUCCUUUCAGGUAAAAGGAUAGGGUUCAGAAAGGAUCGAGUGGAGAGAUGAUGAGGUCAAAGCCAGUAGUGUAAGAUACCCCAAUUUCAUGACCAUGGAGAGCCAUACCGCUAACCUCAGGCAGUCCAGGGAGGGGCUGAGAACCCUGCAUGUUAUCUUUGACCCAUAGAUCCACUAAACUUUGGCAAAGCAAUCAUCUCAUGUUCCUGAAUCAAGCAACAGCUGGGACUGGCAGCAUGACCUGCUUCUGUGUUUGUCGUUUCAUCCACUGCUGUGAAAACAGAAAAACUUCUGUGAACAUGGCUGGUCAUGAUGUUCUGCUGUGCUUGACACCAUCGCUGGCACUUCCCAAAUGUGGACCUUGGAUGCACACAUUAGCUCGGGUAGGUUUCAAUCUGAGUGAUAAACAUUUAUAUACUUCUGACACUUGAGUGCUUUUGGUUAUGUCAUGUGGCCAUUGGGACUGCAGCUGAUUGAUGACUGUUUCUGUGUAGCUUAGUCAAACCAAUGUAAUGGUAAUUCAGAUCAAGCUUAAUAAAUACCAAGUGGAAGAGACCUGU